UUCGAAAAUAGUCAAACAAAAUGAAAUAGUUCCAAGACAGUCAAAUGGAUAUAGAUUAAUCAAUUUCAUGAGGUUUUUGGGACUUGAAAUAGCUUGAAGAAGUUUAUAGAUCCAUGUUCUUGGCUAUGGUCAAUGUUUGUUUUGUUUAUGAACUAUAUGCUUCUGUACUCGAUGAAUGAGUUCGACACUGAAUAUGAUCGUUGAAUAAAGUUUUGAUCUAGGCUUGUGGGUAGAAAAUUUUAGAUCCAAAUAUAUUGAUGUUGAAUGAACUUAUGAGCGUGAAGAAGAUUUUCCUUGUCGUAACCAUGGGAUCUUACCUGAACUUCAAGAACUUUGCUGACACAUCACAACCAGAGAGCAGCGGGAAUAAUAGUAAUUUAUCAUUGGCCCGACAAUCUUCCAUAUACUCGUUUACCUUUGAUGAGCUGCAAAGUACAUGUGGACUUGGAAAAGAUUUUGGGUCGAUGAAUAUGGAUGACCUCUUGAAGAACAUUGAAGAGUCUCAAGCGUUGCCAUCUUCUGCUGCUGCAGGGGGUAAUUUGCAGAGACAGGGUUCUUUGACACUGCCUAGGACACUUAGUCAGAAAACUGUAGAUGAAGUAUGGAAAGACUUUCAGAAAGAGAGUGUUGUUAAUGCUAAUGAUGCAAGUGGGACCGGUGGAUCAAACUUUGGGCAGAGGGAAUCUACCUUGGGAGAAAUGACAUUAGAAGAUUUUUUGGUUAGAGCAGGGGCGGUUCGAGAAGAUAUGCAACCAACUGGAUACUCAAAUGAUGUUACAUUCGAUAGUGGUUUCACUCAACCUAGUAGUAAUGUGACCAUAGCAUUUCAACACGCAACCCAAAACCCUGGACAUCAAAUUGUAGGGAAUAACAUAUUCAAUGUGGUCAGUACCUCCACGUCUUCACUGCAGCAGCCCCUUUUUCCCAAACAAACAACUGUGGAAUUUGCAUCACCCAUGAAACUAGGGAGCCCAGGGACAAGGGCUCCCAUGCCUAAUCCAUCUGCAAAUACUAAUAGUGUCAUGCAGGGUGGUGUUAUGAGCAUGCCAGUAAAAGGAGUAUCCCCUGGAAAUCUUGAUACAUCUUCUCUUUCACCUUCACCUUAUGCAUGUGGUGAAGGUGGAAGAGGAAGGAGAUCAUGCACCUCUUUUGAGAAAGUUGUUGAGAGAAGGCAUAAGAGGAUGAUAAAGAACAGGGAGUCUGCGGCCAGAUCAAGGGAUCGGAAGCAGGCAUAUACUUUAGAGUUGGAAGCUGAAGUGGCAAAGCUUAAAGAAAUUAAGCAAGACUUGCAGAAGAAACAGGCUGAAUUUAUCGAGAAGCAGAAAACUCAGGUACUGGAAAAGAUGAAUAUGCCAUGGGAAAAUAAACUAAUAUGCUUGAGAAGGACAGUGACGGGACCUUGGUAGUCAAAUAUGGAAGUAGAAGAGCAAAUUCCUGAGCAAACGCUUGGAGAAUUGGUAACAGGAGAUUGAAGUGAAAUAUCUCGUUCUUCCUCCUUUUCAACAAACAAGUUCGGAAUCCCAAGAGAGUGAGCCUGCUCCUCUACCUCCUCCCAGCUUAUGAAUUGAAAUAUGUUCUAAUUCACAUCUGUUCGUCACAGGAUACAUAACUUUAUGUAUAGUACAGGACAGGUGCCGUUUACCUGUACAUUAUGUAAACAAUAUUCUUGCAUAAAUUUUCCUCGUGUGCUUUUUUGUUUGAUUCA